AUGUCGGAACGCAGCAACGUCUCGGCCUCUGGCCCCAGAGCCAAUCCUCUCUAUGGCGGACCAGCUAACCCAAGCGCGGGAAACCGAACCCCUUCAUGGGCGCGUAAAUCCGGCGCAGGCGGUGCCCGACCGUCGUUCAGCGAUGCCGCGUCUUCUCCCCCUGAUUCCCCCGCGCGCUCCGCCCGCAGCAACAACGGCCCAUCGUACUACGCCCCGCAAUACGAGCACCCCGGUUACACCGUCGAAACGCCCGGCGUUAACGACGCUAUGCUGGGACAAUCCCCGUUCCGCGCGCCCCCUUACUACGUGCAGACCCCCGCACACUCCGAGCGGCCUGGAUCCCCCAUGUCUUCGGUCCCCGACUCCCCCGCGCACACCAUGUCGUACGACAUGCGCAGUGUGCGGUCUGGGAAACCAGGCUCGUCGCGCGUCUACGGCGCGCCGGCUCGCGUGGCUGCGGCGCCGCUUGCGUCGCGGAUCAACGAGGAGGGCGACGAGGAGGAGCAGCUGUACGAGCCGCCUGCUAAGGAGGCGUCGGGAGGGCGGUCGAAGCGGAGCAAGCGAUUCUGGACGAUCUGCAUUGUGGUGGGGAUUCUGGCCCUCGUCCUCGCGGCCGUCGCGACGGGCAUCGCGCUUUACUACGUGUUCCAGCCGGAUGCUCCCACGUACACCUUCGAUUAUGCGACUCUCAACGAGUUCCAGAUCGUCAACAAGCUCGCCGACGGAACCGGCUUGCCGACAGACCAGCUUUUCGCAAACGUUACUUUCGUCUUUUCUGCGAUCAACCCGAACGGCAAGUACACGCUACAAGGCGACGGCGGUUUGCUGCAAGUCGGCUACAGCUCCAUUCCCACGCUCAUGCAAGGAGGGGUCCCCUAUUUCGCUCUCAGUUCUAAGAACUUCACCAACUUCACUACAUCAGUGGGUGUAGCCAUGUACCCGUUAUACGGCGUGGGUCCGGGGCUGCGUCAGGACAUCAUGGCAGAGUACAUCAGCAUGCAACUUCAUGCACAGGUGGAAUCUCGCAUCGAGAUGGCGUGGAAGAUUGUGCAAACUCAUUACACGCACGUCAUGGACUGCAGUGUAGCUUUCAAUCCGGUCAAUCUGCAUCCCCGUGACCGCGUCUGUCCUUCCGCGCCCCGUGUUUCCCGCCGUGCCUGCGUGUGUUCCGCAGUGAAUCCGCGAGUGCUCGUUCUUGCUCCAGAUGAGGACGUGGCGACGCGCAUAUUCCUCGAGUCGCAGGCGGGGCCGAACGUGGGCGUGUGCGUGCUGUCCGCAAACGGCUCUAUUUCCAGCGCCACGCUGCGCGACCCCUCAGGCGGCGCCAACACUACCAUUCACGAGGGUCGGUUUGAGCUGCUGAACAUGUCGGGCUCGUUUCUGCCGCACGACCCGGCGGACCCCGAUGGGCGAAUGGGCGGGCUGAGCGUGAGCCUCGUCAGCUCCAACGGCCGCGUUGUGGGUGGCGGUGUGGCCGGCCGCCUCGUUGCCGCCACACCUGUGCAGGUCAUACUGGCCACAUUUCUGCACGACCCUAGCAAUCUGACCACACCUGGAUCAAGGCCAGCUGGGCAGUGA